UGUGGCGACAGCGCGCAACGAUGAAGUAGCACGGGAGGUCCCUUGGAAAAUGAGGCCAGGGUCCCUGCUGCAGCUCGCUCUGCUGCUCGCUCUACCCAGGAGCCUGCAAGGCAGAGGGUGUGCGUCUCCACCCUGCGAGUGCCACCAGGAGGACGACUUCAGAGUCACCUGCAAGGAACUCCACCGAAUCCCCAGCCUACCGCCCAGCACCCAGACUCUGAAGCUCAUCGAGACUCACCUGAAGACCAUUCCCAGUCUUGCCUUUUCAAGUCUGCCCAAUAUUUCCAGGAUCUAUUUAUCUAUAGAUGCAACUCUGCAGCGGCUGGAACCACAUUCUUUCUACAAUUUGAGUAAAAUGACUCACAUAGAAAUCCGGAACACCAGAAGCUUAACUUACAUAGACCCUGAUGCCUUAACAGAGCUCCCUCUGCUCAAGUUUCUUGGCAUUUUCAAUACUGGACUUAGAAUAUUCCCUGACCUGACCAAAAUUUACUCCACGGAUGUAUUCUUUAUACUGGAAAUCACAGACAACCCCUACAUGACUUCCGUCCCUGAAAAUGCAUUCCAGGGACUGUGCAAUGAAACCUUGACCCUGAAACUAUACAACAAUGGAUUUACUUCAAUCCGAGGACAUGCUUUCAAUGGAACAAAGCUGGAUGCUGUUUACCUAAACAAGAAUAAAUAUCUGACAGCUAUAGACAAAGAUGCCUUUGGAGGAGUAUACAGUGGACCAACUUUGCUAGAUGUGUCUUCCACCAGCGUCACUGCCCUUCCUUCCAAAGGCCUGGAGCACCUCAAGGAACUGAUCGCGAAAAACACCUGGACUCUCAAAAAACUCCCUCUGUCCUUGAGUUUCGUCCACCUCACUCGGGCGGAUCUCUCUUACCCAAGCCACUGCUGUGCUUUUAAAAACCAGAAGAAAAUAAGGGGAAUCCUAGAGUCUCUGAUGUGUAAUGAGAGCAGUAUCCAGAACCUCCGGCAAAGGAAAUCAGUGAAUGUCCUGAGGGGUCCCAUCUACCAGGAAUAUGAAGAAGAUCUGGGUGACAACAGUGUUGGGUACAAACAAAACUCCAAGUUCCAGGAGAGCUCGAGCAACUCGCAUUAUUACGUCUUCUUUGAAGACCAAGAGGAUGAGGUCGUCGGCUUUGGCCAAGAGCUCAAAAAUCCUCAGGAGGAGACUCUCCAAGCCUUCGACAGCCACUAUGACUAUACUGUGUGUGGGGACAACGAGGACAUGGUGUGUACCCCCAAGUCAGAUGAGUUCAACCCCUGUGAAGAUAUCAUGGGCUACAAGUUCCUGAGAAUCGUGGUGUGGUUUGUCAGCCUCCUGGCUCUCCUGGGCAAUAUCUUUGUCCUGGUCAUUCUGCUUACUAGCCACUACAAAUUGACUGUACCACGCUUUCUUAUGUGCAAUUUGGCCUUUGCAGAUUUCUGCAUGGGGGUAUACCUGCUUCUCAUUGCCUCUGUAGACCUCUACACACACUCUGAGUACUACAAUCACGCCAUCGACUGGCAGACAGGCCCUGGGUGCAACACGGCUGGUUUCUUCACUGUUUUUGCUAGUGAGUUAUCAGUGUACACACUGACCGUCAUCACCCUGGAGCGAUGGUACGCCAUCACCUUCGCCAUGCGCCUGGAUAGGAAGAUCCGCCUCAGGCACGCAUACACCAUCAUGGCCGGGGGCUGGGUCACCUGCUUCCUUCUCGCCCUGCUCCCGAUGGUGGGAAUAAGCAGCUAUGCCAAGGUCAGCAUCUGCCUGCCGAUGGACACCGACACCCCUCUUGCUCUGGCGUACAUUGUCCUUGUUCUGCUACUCAAUGUUGUUGCCUUUGUUAUUGUCUGUUGCUGCUAUGUGAAGAUCUACAUCACGGUCCGAAACCCCCAGUACAACCCGAGAGAUAAAGACACCAAGAUUGCCAAGAGGAUGGCCGUGCUGAUCUUCACCGACUUCAUGUGCAUGGCGCCCAUCUCCUUCUAUGCGCUGUCGGCACUUCUAAACAAGCCUCUCAUCACCGUUACUAACUCCAAAAUCUUGCUGGUUCUCUUCUACCCCCUCAACUCCUGUGCCAAUCCAUUUCUCUAUGCCAUUUUCACCAAGGCCUUCCAGAGGGAUGUGUUCAUUCUGCUCAGCAAGUUUGGCAUCUGCAAACGCCAGGCCCAGGCCUAUCAGGGUCAGAGAGUCUGUCCCAACAAUAGCACUGGUAUUCAGAUCCAAAAGAUUCCCCAGGACACGAGGCAGAGUCUCCCCAACAUGCAAGAUACCUACGAACUGCUUGGAAACUCCCACCUAACUCCAAAACUGCAGGGGCAAAUCUCAGAAGAGUAUAAGCAAACGGCCUUGUAAAGGAAGGCUGCACUGUUCACAGUGGGACUUACAGAAGGCUGGUUUCUUGAACAUGCAUUCCAGUCCUGUGAUGCAUGAACACAUAGGUCCGUGAGGGUCAUGACUCAUCGGGUCAGAGUUCAUCUCUAGAAUGUUUUGCCUAAGAAGGGAGACAAGCUAUCAGCAUGUCUGAGUCCUAGGUGAUAGGACAAUCAUCUGUGCUCUCCGGGAGGUUUGUUGGUUGCUUGUCUAUGAUGCUGUGAGGCACGUUCCUGAACCAGUCCCACAUUUUGCUUCUCCAUUUUAUGCAGUGUUUUAUACUAAAGACUCAACAACUGGCUAGUGUUCAUUUACUUAAGCAACUCCAAAUUAGCUCCCCUUGAAAUAACCAAAGAAAGUUUUUGUUCCUUAAAAAAAUAAAAUGCCAGGAUAAAAUCUGGUCUGUUAAAAAAAAAAAGAUUAAAAUAAAAUUAAAUAAAUAAAUAAAUAAAAUGCCACACUUGGGAGGUGUAGGCAGGGGGAUCCAGUUCAUACUUUAUGCAGAGAAUUCUAAGCCAACCUGUGCUACAAGAAACUCCACCUGGAGAUACCCAAAGAACCCUGGAGAGGCAAACAUAACUAGAUGUCAUCACAUAAUUGCUUUUAUUAAACUGAAAGAAAAGAAAGUCUGGUUUUGAGAGUUUUUUCUCCUUCAUCCCCAGACUCUGAAACAAUUAACUCUUCCCUGGGCUCUGCCAGCCCUGACCCAGCUGAUACAUGCUGGCUGGAGAAACUGCUAAGAUUUCAGCUUUUAUGACUGAGCAAACUAAGAAUUAUCUUCUCAUACAAGACAUGAGCUCUGGGAGAGAGUUCUAAGGGCCACAUGGGGAUGGGGACAGGGCAUACUUGGUCACCUGUUGAAUAAGACAACUAUAUACUGGUUAACUGUCGGGCUUUGAGCAAGUCCCUGGACCUCUAAAUUCUGUAGAAAUGGAGGGAUUUGAUGCCCUGUCUCUCCCUCAAAAGAUAUGUGCUCAUGUCAAAGAGAAAAAAAACACUACUUAAGUAACCUUUUUUCCUACCUUGUGAAGUUGCUGUCUGCUUCCUUUUGGAGUGGCCUAAGACGCUUUUACUUUAUUUCAUUCUUUGAUCAUCAUGUUUGAACCAAAAGUUCUAUUGAGUGACACUGCUGUCAAGUCCAAAACAUACCGGAAUUUAUAUAAUCUGUUAAUCAUACAGCCAGGCUUGGUGGUGUACGCCUUUAAAUCCCACUACUGGGGACACAGAGGCAGGUAGAUUUCUGAAUUUGAGGCUGGCCAGGUCCAAGACAGCCUGGUCUACACAGAGAAACCCUGUUUCAAAGGAAACAACACAAAUUAGACUAAUAAUAGAGUCAAUACUCUAUUAUUGUGACUAUGUAGGCCCACUUCAAAACAUUUAACUCAUCCUCACAGAUCCAUUUUUUUUAAGCUCUCUGGGGUUCACCCACACUAACACUGUCAAGAGAUAAGCCUUUUCACCAGACACUACCAGUCCCUUCUGACCCUGCUAGUCACUGACAUAAAACAUGUGUGUCCCCAGAGUAGCCUUGCUUCAAACGGGAACUGCAUCCUCAGGUGCACCUCUAGUGUCUGGUCCACUCCUAUUUAUUUCUAGGUGUCCCCACAAGCAGACUUGGCAUUUGCUUCUCAGUGCUCAUGAACCAAAGCAGGAACUCUAAGGGUUGUGCCACUUUAAGUCUAUGAAGUAGGAUUUAUGGGUCACCUGACAUGGUCCCUUUUUUACUGGUC